AUAAAAAAGAUAGACAUAUAGCCAAAGAAAAAUAAAAAGAGUCUCUUCCAAAAAUGGCAAUUAGGGUUUCCCACAAGUCUCUCCUCCUGGCACUUAUUAUCAUCCUCUUCAUUUCUGCUCAUUCUCAAGCUCGGAGCUUAGGAGAAAUCGUGAGGAGUAGAACGCUAUUGGCUGUGGAGAAGUAUCAAGAGAGCCGGAACACAAGACAAGAUGUAGGAGGAAGUGAUAUUGGUGAUGGAUUGGUGGAUAUGGAUUAUAAUAGCGCGAACAAGAAAAGACCUAUACACAAUCGCUAAUCAAUAUAAUACACAUAUGAUGCAUGAGCUUAUAAAUUUCUUGUGAGAUAUCUAGAGAUUCUAAGACAUCCCGAGAUUUAUAUAUGAUCUAUUCAACAGAUACUACUAUCAAGUAUUGAGAAUUAAUGUAAAAUAUGAACAUAUAAUAUAAUCGAGUUUGUAUGCAUGUGUACAGCUUUAUUUCGAGAGAAAACGAUUUUAUAUAAUAAUAUAUAGCUCGUGUGUGUUUUAUGUAUGGAUUGCAUCGUGAGUUUCGGUUUGUGAAUAAAUGUCAAUGGAUAUAUAUAU